GUAAAGCUUGGGGUAAUUUUCAUUUGAAAGUGAAUUAAUCCUUUAAAGCAAUUAUAUUAUUUUGAAGUGCGCACUUAUGAGAUACAGUAAGUUAAUAUCAUGAUUUCAAAUGUUACUAUUACCCCUAACCACAUUACCCUGUCUCUUCAGCAUUUAAUCAGUGGCAGUGUUGUGAAACUCCAAAGCAAUCAUUUUUGUACUUUUGAAAAAGGAAAUAGGGAGCUUGCUUAGUCAUACAGGCAUAGACCGAAUUCCACUGGUCAGGUUAUGUGUGCCUCGCCAGUCACAUAUAAAGGGCUUGUGCUCUAUAAUAAAUCAGAAUAUAAUAGUAUCAUGUUUGGAAAGAAAUGUCAAUCAGUGAAUUCUCAUUUUACAUGGUAAAAUCUCAGUAAUACCUUGCAUUGAGAGACAAGCUCAGUGAACAGCAAUGACCUAAUUUCUAAUGUUGCACAGUGAACUGUGUACUGCUGACCUGGCUGGUAUUCAAAAUUACAGCUUGAAACAAGUUUCAAAUAAGUUUCAAAUGUUUUAUAUUAUUGUUUAUUCUAAACGUAAAGUAAUUUCAAACUAAUGUCCUCCUUUUUUGGAACAGCAUUGCAUUGAGCAAGCAAAAUCAGCACCAGAAAGUGUGGAGCUACUAAUUGGACUGAAUUUCAGUGGCAACAAAAGCCCUGGCUAGAAAAUUCCAGCCCUGGUUUUACAGGGCCUGCUUUGUUGCUGCAGUGUUUGUUCUCUACUGCUGUGUUAACAGUUAUCUUUUCGGUAGUGGCCUCUCCCCACCCUUCCACACUGUGCAUGAAAUGUUCCUCAGCACAAACCCGUCCAGAGCCUCUGUGGCACAGUGCAGGAGAUGCUCCGUUCUGCAUAGGACACUAUCCAGACACCAGGACCGGCCCAGCAGCUGCCUCCCAACCAUGUUCCCGCACAGCUUCGAUUACAACCAGCCGAUGAGAAAGCGUUGAGAGGUAGGAGACAUGAUGGGACAGCUCCCGGAGGAUGUGGUGGGUGGCUUCACCUCAGAGGAACUGGAAUGCAAGAUCUGCUACUGUGCUUACAGCCUGUCAAGACGACGGCCCAAGGUUCUCAAGUGCUGCCAUUGUCUGUGUGCCAAGUGCCUUGCAAAAAUCCUCGAUUUAGGCGAAUCCUCUCCAAAUACAGUUGUAUGUCCGUUCUGCCGCUACAUCACGGACCUUCCCGGAGAAGUUGUGGAUAGUCUGCCAGAUGAGUAUAACCUGGUGUCAGCGCUUCUGUCCGUCCAGGCACGGAAACACCAGAACCUGAAUGACACCCAAGGCGAGAUUCUCCUCAGUCCCAGACACCUCAACUCCCUGGUGGGACACUCUGCUUCAGCUUCCCCCACCUCGAUUCGUUCCAAUUACGUGGUGAUCACCAUUAUGGAGCCUCGGCAGGAGUCUGUUACUCCAGCCCUGGGUAGGGAUUACCGCUCUUCCAGUCUGGACUCCAUGGCCUCCAUUACCAAUAGAUGGACAGUGUGGAACUGCGCGGCCCUGUUGUGCCAGACCUCAGCGCGCAUCCUGGUCUGGCUGCUGGGGCUGCUGUACUUCAGCUCACUGCCUCUAGGUGUCUACCUGCUAAUCAUGCAGCAUACCACAACGGGGGUGUUGAUGGUCAGUCUGGUACCUAUCAGUCUUCUCAUUGUCAUGGUGUACGGCCUUUGCCAAUGCCUCUGUCGUGAGUUUUGGGACUGUGUGCCACCAUAAUGACCAAAGCAAUAAGUGUAACUGUUAUAUUUGAUGAUUGGAUGCGCUAAUGCCGAUUUGUUGAAACUAGUGAAUUCUCCUGCUCAUGGAUAAACAAUGUAGGCUACAGUGAACUGAAAAUAAAUAACAAUAAAAGUGCACAGAUUUCAUUUAGUAUCAUACAAAUCAACAGUGUUGGGGAAAGUUA